GCACGCCCAUCUUAUCGUUUCAUUUUAAUUUUUUUCUAGGUGCGUGAUUCAUCAACGGCGUGCGAGAUGAGUGGAGAAUCAGGGCGAGGACUGAAAGGCAAAGGGGAGAGGUUGUCAACAAAAGAUAGGCCAUGAAAAGAUUAAGGGCGCAGUAACUGCUGAUGUCAGCAGCGAAAUCUCGUGUCUGGGUGCAAUUUUGUUUUCCUCAUAUCGAUGGGUGUACCGGCACUUAAGACGGGCGUGAGAGCGAGCGAUAGCAUUCCUUCGCCAUCAAAGAUUGUCUAGCUUUGCCUUCAUUAUGACUCCGCACCUGAAUUUGUUUUAAACGAGUCAACUGGAGUCAUUUGAGUUUCAUUUUGAUUGACGACAAUAGUGCGACUUCCCCUUUUCAACAAAGCCAUUUUUGGGCCCCGUAUUGUCAUAUCUGUUACUCUUUUGGUCAGAGUUUCAUCGACUUGUUUUUGCACGGAUCUUUUUGUGUGCUGUUUAGUUCCUGCGGGCGGGUCACAGUUCUUGAUAAGCAUCAGCUCUCGGGGUGUCUGCGUGUUGUUCAACAUUUUUUUUGAAGGACAGAGGAAAUGAAAGCUCAGACUGAGGCCUCCAAGGCUUUUUCAACUAUCUCUGUGUUUGCUGUAUUCUUCCAAAUGUGUGUCAGGAAGUGAUCCAAACUCAUCGCUACUACAUUCACUGUUGUCUAUUUCUGUGUUUUGUUGACUUUGUGUUUCUUCUGGCCUUUUGGGAGUGCUUAAGGGAUUUAAUCCGCCAGGAUCCCUUUUUUUAAUACUUUGAGUUAUUAACACCGAGUUGUUCAUGCGGGCACAUUACAAAGGCUACAAUGAUCAAUUGCAAUCGUGCAGAACCAAUGAGAGGAAAUUAAUCCGGCCCGAGCCAUCCUUAUUGGAUGUUGUGUUGUUGCGCAGUUUGCGUGCUCCCAGUUGGUGUAAUCCCCUCAAUUGAGCAUGUAACAUUUUUUGGGGGGCUAUUUGAAAUGAAUUUAUUCCCACUUCUUCCAUUAGCGGAGGUUAGAGCAUGUUUAACCAAGAGCUAAUUCACCCACGCAUAGACCAAUGAGAGUUUACGUGCGAGUGCGAGACAUCCAUAUGGGUUGGACUCUUGCUUCGCCUUGGCAGCCUGUUUAGCCGUAAUUAAUUACACCCGCUCAUUGUGUUAGUCAGAGCUUUCCACACAGUUACCUCGAAGGUUGAAUACCCUAAAGGUGCAUUUUUAGCACAAUUCAAUUUUGAUCAAUUACCAAAAGGAUCAUUUAUUAUUAUGAGUUUCAGUCCAUCUGAGAAUAAGGGCCGAGCGAACAUGUAGACUGCACGGUUAGCAACUCAUGCUAACCACUAGAGAAAUACUUUUUAUGAAGAAAGAAGAAAAAACGAGACGUGACCACACAUGCUAUAUUUGAUGACAUUCACACACUCAGACAGCGUAUGCUCUAAAGACCGUAGUGGGGGAAGCUUUGUCUGUGCUUUAGUGCAUGUGUGUGUUUUGCAAAGUCAAAAUCCAGACAAGAGGCCAGACUAUUCAGUCGUAUAAACUCUCCGCUCACAGAUUAUUGAAAUAACAGAAGAGAUGCAUUGUCUGCGCUCGUGCCUUCUGUUUUUGAAAUAGUCCCAAGUCGCUGAGGAUAGUGAUCUUUUGUGUGAGUGUUUAUUGUGUACACAGAGGGAACCGCAUCUGACUUUUUGGACCGAUACGCGGUCCUAGUUCCCUCAAAACGGCUCAUUCGGAGCUGGAUUGUAUAUUAAUGCUGAUUUAGUGCAUAUCAGUCUUGUCAAGGAAGUGUUACCUUAAAACGGUACCUUAAGGUUAGCAGCCGGACAGAGCAAAGUCAAAUUGGCAGAACCCAAAGCGUGCCGAACGUUUGCGGGUGUACGUGACGGAUUCAUUGAGAGUGAUAUGAAGCGGGUCCAUUGACAAAAGAAGCGGAACCAGCAAGAGCGCAAUUGAGUGGUUGAGUUUGAUUCGAAAGGUCUUGAAAGUGCCCUAAUUAGGCUUGACAUUUAUGCGAAGAACUUAGAAUCGGCUGGCUUGGGUGCGUGGUUUUCGAAGAGGUCAGUUGGGUUCACUCAUUCACCGCCGUAGAUGUUUGUAUACAUUUUUUUGUACACACCCAAGGCUCUUGAGUUUAAAAAGUACAAGUCGUAUGUUUAAAAAGAAACAACAACAAAAAAGACUCGCUGGUGUCUGAUUCCCAUUAAAGCUUGGCUUGGUUUCAGGAAGGCAUAUGUUUUGUGUGUCUGGGCACGAAAGCGUCCGCAUUCAUACACAGUGCUUUUAUUAACUUUUUGCUUCAAAGAGCGCUAAGUUGAAGUGACAAGCCAACGUAGCCACAAAGUCCCAUCAUUUGGGCAUCGUGUAAUCACGUGUGACAAUGACGUCUAAAUAACGCCUUUGUACUUUAGCAGUCAAACUUUUUUCCAUCCCAAAAAGGCAGAAGUGGGGCGACACCAGUCCAGAAGUGCAUUCUGUAUUCUUGAAACAGGACUGUGACAUGCCUGACGUUUUGAGUUCGAAGUAAUUGUCGCUGUCCAAUUUGAAGGGACGUGUCUCGGCCAAGUUUUGCAUCUUGGUUAGGAGCUACGUUUAGCUCGGGUUGUUAGCGGAAAAGAAGUCAGGAAUUGUAAUGUAAAAAGAGUUUUAGAUUGUAGUUGAUGUGUUUUGCCCAUUUUUAGACAGGCAACAAAACGGCCCUGUUCUUUUUUGCUUGAUCCUGCAUGUUACUUAAUAGUGCCAUUUUUAAUGAGCUCCCCCAAAUGUUGCGUUGUCAUUUUCUUCACUUUGGUUCCCCUACUUUGUCACCGAUUGGGGAAGCUGUAACGCUCAUGUCAGCGUAUCCCUCAGCGCUCGUCUCCAGGUCAUUAUCAUCAAUUUUCGAUAAUGGUCCCACCGGCUAAUUCACGAUGAUGGAAACGAUUAAGCGUCGCAUUCAUCCUAGCUGUCAUAUCGCGGGGCCGCUUAGCUUUGUUUUUUCAGAGGUGGGCUGGGUAAUUGUAGCGAGGAGCAGAUAUGCAGUGAAGUCGGUGUGUUGCGGUGGCUCGCGCCUAAUUGCACUUGAUCGUAAUGGUUCCAGCCUGUGCAUACAGCCUGAAGCCUGCGCAGGCUGAGGAUCGGCAAAUUCCAGUCUGAGUUGUGACCCUAAUGUCAGGACCCGGACCCGCAAUUACAUUUGCAUCUUUCAGCAUUUGUUUGGUGUACCCUCUAAAAUUCGAGACUUGCCGUAAUUGGCACGCAAGAGCCACGUUAGCGACCAAUUGCUUAGGAUUAAAUUCACAGUUUUAUGACCCUCCUCUUAAUGGACGUCCGUCGGCCGGCAGAUGGAAACACACUCUGGCCACUCGCGAGCUCCUUUAAGUCGGGACUUUUUGCGUCAUCGCUUCACCACAACGAUGUCGUUUUCCACUUUGUGUGUGUGCGUGUGAUGAAUUCUGACUUGGGUGUGGUGAGCGUCAGAUGAGAUUUUCCUCUGCUCCCUGCACUCUAUCGCUCUCACACACACACACACACACACGCUCACACACACGUGCAGACUCUGUGCCAGGCUUGGUUGAGGCGUGGGCCCCGGCAGACAUAAAUGACUUUAUUUUAAUAGUUGCGUGGCUAAGACAAGAGAGGAGAAGACGGUUAUACAGUCUUCUUUGUCCGAUUACAUUGACCCAUUUUGCAAUCUGAGAGCGUAUUGCUAGUUAUGUAUCAUUCAGCCUGCAGUCCAUUCGUAUGCACUUUUCAUGCGUCUUUGUGGUGGCGGCGGCGGCAAACAUAAUCACACUUUAGCUUACUAUGGACUACAAUAAUGGCUGCUGUUUUUGCUUCAUUGCAUGGAUAUUAUCUGGGAAUCUUUUAUAUGAUACAUUGGUGGAGUUGUUUUUUUUUUUUUUUUAGUUCGAGAUGAUUUAUCCAUUUUUGUCCUGGCUCAUAACCUCGAAAAACUACGAUGGUAAGGAAGAAGAAUCCCCCUAUCCGCAGUGUGGGAGGCGAGGAGGAGGAGGAGGAGGAAGAGGGGAGGAGGCCGGCGGGCGACGAGGAGGAGGACGGCGAGGAAGACGAGGGGCGCGUGGGAGCCGAGGCCGACCGAAUAAGCCGCCCCUCCGAGCCCGAGGAGCGAGUUCGGGGCGAUGAGGAGCCCGACGAGGAGGAGGAGGAGGAAGGAGAAAGUGAGUGCAUUUCCUCGUCUCUCUCGCCCUCAUCCGUCGGCAACGAGGAGCGAAGCGGCGGGAGGAGGGGAGGAGGCGGCGGCGGAGGUAGGCCUUCGCGACGAGGACUCAAAGCGGCCGAGUCGGACCCCGAAGACAAGGUGGGCGAAAGCCAUCGCCCCGGUUCGGACGCCGGCAGGGCGGAGUCGGCCCCGGACACGCCGCCGCUCUCCUCCAGCCCCUCCCCCAAGCUGCAGGACUUCAAGUGCAAUGUGUGCGGUUACGGUUACUACGGCAACGACCCCGCCGACCUGGUGAAGCACUUUAGGAAGUAUCACCUCGGCCUGCACAACCGCACACGGCAGGACGCUGCCCUCGACACACACAUCCUGGCUCUCCACAACAUGGCGCCCCCCCACACACCUCUAGUCGCGCAGGGAGGAGAAGGGCCCAGGAACCAAACCAAAGAGUCCGGCGGGGGCGGGCCGGAGCUCCACCAUCAGCAACACAGGUCCGUGAUGAUGAACGGCACUUAUGACAUCCAGGUGACGUUGGGCGGCACGCUGAUCGGAAUCGGCCGCAAGACCUCCGAUUGUCAGGGCAGCACCAAGUACUUCCGCUGCAAAUUCUGCAACUUCACCUACAUGGGGAGCAAUUCGGUGGAGCUGGAGCAGCACUUCCUGUCCACCCAUCCCAACAAAGCCAAGACGCCGCCGGCCACGCCCCUCCCGACCAACGACACCCAGAGCAAAGGGAGGAGUCCGAUAGUGGAAGGGGCAGAGCGAGUGGCGGUCAGAACGGAGGACGACUCCCUGGUGGGCUAUUCCGUCCCCAUCCGGGCCGAUUCGGCGGGCUGGCCGGCGACGGCGGCGGCGCCGGCGUACUACUGGUGCAAGUUCUGCAGUUGGAGCUGCGAGUGGUCGGGGGGCUCGGCCAAGCUCUUGGAGCACUUUGAGCUGCGGCACAGAAUGAACACGGCGAGCCCCAACGGCUCCAGAAGGGAAGGCGAAAGAGAGCGCGCCUCGGGCAAAAAUCGCACCAAUCUGUCGGCCGCCGCUCACCAAGGCGAGCCCAACAGCGGCGGCGACGGCGAGGCCGUGGUCACCAGCUACAACUGCCAGCUGUGCGACUUCCGCUACUCCAUGGCGCACGGCGCCGACGUGAUCGUGGUGGCUCCGUUGUUGCUGCAUUACCAGCACAAUCACUCCAUCCACCGAUGUUGCAUCCAGCACUGCAUCUACUGUCCGCAGGGCCUCUGUCAGCCGCACAAGCACUUAGGAGAGGUGUCCCAUCCCUUUGCGUGCCGGAAGCCCACCUGUCCAAAAUGUUGUGCCAAAUUCCCGCCGUCCAGCAAACAGCAAGACGCCGCCGGCGGCUCCACGCCACCCCCUCAUCCCCGAAGCGACCCGAGCGUGACGUCAGCUUCGACGGUUCAUCCCUCCUACCCCGUUGCCUCGCAAGGCGUCACCCACCUGUGCGACCAGUGCGCCUUCGCCACCGCCGACAUCGACGUGCUGCUGCAGCACUACGACGGCUGCCACAGCCUGAUCAACCUGAAGGGGGCGCCGGCGCACGUGAAGGCCGAGGAACAGGACGGCGGCGGCGGACCGGGCAAAGAGCUGGGCCGGGAGUACUCGUGUACCAAGUGUCACUUCAUCACCGAGGUGGAGGAGGAGUUCUUCAGACACUACAGACGCGUCCACGGGUGCUGCCGCUGUCGCCACUGCGACUUCACGGCGCCCGAUUCCUCGGCGCUCCUCGACCAUUUCAACUCGGCCCACUGUCAAGACUCCUCGCUGUCGGCGACCUUGCUGACGCCGUCCCUGACGCCGUCGGCCAACGGCUGCUCGGCGCCCUCCACCUUGGCCAUCAAGGAGGAGAGCAAGGGGGAUCUUCGGCUCCUCUACUCGCUGGCGCCGCCCGAGGGACGCCUGGCCGAGGGGGGCCGCGAGGAGAUGGUCAAGAGCGAGGGCGGCGAGGAGAAGGACAGAGAGCGUGAGAAAGGCUGGGUGCUCGGAGAGACCAGAGGCGGCGAGCAGGCCCACGGUCUCCUGUGGGUGCCCAAGGAGCGCAUGGGACCCGAACCCUCCCUAUUCCCCUCACCGUUGUCCGUGGCCUUCGUUUCCGCCAACCACGAUGCGGCCUCGCAGCAGAAGCGCAGCGGCGGCGUGGCCUCGCCCAGCAUGGUCUACCUUGGAGAUACCAAGUCGUUUUUGGGAGACGCAAAGCUCUACGGCGGAGGAGGGCGGCCGGGCGGAGGAGCCGCCCCCAGCGGAGGGGAGAAAAUGAGCCAGAUGCCGUCUCAGUCUCAGCAGUACGCAGGAGGAGGAGCUCAGGAAGUGAAAGGAGGAGGUGCUAAAGAGGAAUCCCAGUCGCUGCUACGGCGGCGGCGAGGCAGCGGGGUCUUUUGCGCCAACUGCCUGACCACCAAGACGUCGCUGUGGAGGAAGAACGCCAACGGCGGCUACGUCUGCAACGCCUGCGGCCUCUAUCAGAAGCUGCACUCGACGCCCAGACCUCUGAACAUCAUCAAGCAGAAUAACGGCGAGCAAAUCAUCCGCCGACGCACCCGCAAGCGCCUCAACCCGGACACGCUGCCGCCCGAAAACCCCGCCCCCAAGCAGCAGCGCCCCACCGCCGAGGAGCGCGUCAACGGCGACGAGUCGGACAGGAGCUGCGCCUCGGUCAAGAGCCAGCAGCAGCAGCAGCCGUCGCCGCGCUCGCGUUCGCCGCGCUCCACGCAGGUCUUCCUGGCCAACCAGACGCUGGAGAUCCACCGCCGCAUGCCGCCGCUGUUGCUCCCCUCGCACCCCGCCCCCUCCGAGGUGGCCGACGUGCUGGCCAAAGUGGAAGCGGGCAAAGUCGGCUCCGGCGCCAGCUCGGAAAGAGGGAGUCCCAUCGAGAAGUACAUGCGGCCCUCCAAACCGUCCAGUUACUCUCCGCCGGGCUCGCCCAUCGAGAAGUACCAGUACCCCCUGUUCCCCGUGCCGCUCCCCCUCACGCUCUCGCCGGACUUGACGCCCGAAUCCGACUGGCUGCGCUUCUGGACCAAAUACAAGAUGGCCGCCGCCUCCGGAAUGGGUAACCUUGGCGGCGCGGCGGGGCUGGCCAACACCGGGCACUACCUGGCUGCCAUGGUGGCGCCGGUCCAGCAGCAGCACCCGCAGAGCUACGCCGUGCCCUACUGCGCCUCGCCGUACUCGCCGCUCCCACCUCCGCCCGCCCCGGCUCAAUACCCGCCCCUGCCUCUCCACCCUCAAAGCUCGUCGUCAUCCAUGGAGAGCGACGCGCCUCUGGACCUCGCCAUACGACAACGGGACGAUUGCGCGGAAAAGAGGAAGCGGGAGUCAUCCGAAAGCCUGAAAGUUCAGGACGAGGAAAGCGGCGCUCGGUGGGAGGUGGAAGACGGCAACCCGGCCACCCGCGCCACCGCCGACGUCGCCACGCAAGACGAGCCCAGCAACCGUUGCCUGCACUGCGGUAUCUACUUCCUGGACGAAGUCAUGUACGCGCUGCACAUGAGUUGCCAUGGCGAUCAGGGACCAUUUCAGUGCGGUUUCUGCCUGCACGUUUGCGCCGACCGCUACGACUUCACCACGCACAUACAGCGCGGCUUACACCACUGCACUGACAAAACGACGCCGGGCGAGGAUCACAACGAUGUCGACGCCGCCGUGACGCCGAAGAAUUUGGAUUCGGAGCCCCAACAUCCAGCUUUGGAUCCGGAGCAGCCCGAGGAUCAGGAUUUGGCGGCAGCAUUAACUGCCGAGAAAAAAGAGGAAAGCGGUGAAGGCGGCAAAAAAGAAAUUUCCUGCGACAACUUCACAGAGUCAAGUGAGGAAGGUAGUAGCACCAUGGCGUCUAAAGGCAGCAAGAUGACGACUGACGGUGGCAAAGAACCCGAGAAGGGGGACACGGAGGCUCAUUGAUGCCCCUCCCUCAAAAACAUGACGCACGCUUCCCAAGGCGAGCCAUAGUGCACCUCAGAAAUUAAAAAAAAAUAAUAAUGCAUCCCAAUGCUGGAAUAAAAAUCACCCUGCAAAGUGCUGCCGGCCGGGAUGGGAGGAAACGAUGACUGGACAGAAAUCCUAUUGAUGCUAUCAGAGCUGCUUCACAGCUGUUAAAGCGGUACGACCCGUCGGUGUAUGUUCUCCCACCCUGCUGUGGAAAAACCAAAUCAGAUUUGGACUCAGUGAAAAUGAGUCAUGCAAAGUGAGAAAGCGUGUCUUCUGCUAUUGGGUUGGGGGAAAAAAAAAAACUUUAAAAGAGUCCAAAAGGCAAGAAUAUUUGUCUUGGCGCGGACGCGGCUAUCUGCAAACCAGUCGAAAGCGCUCCGAAACGGUGCCAGCCGACCAACCCUGAACCCAAGUGUUCUUUCUCUGUGUCCCAUAUGGACAGAAGCGAGUGAGUUUAUUUUGUACUUUCUCCGUGCCAUGAUACUAGCUGCGUGCCUGGCUGCCUUUGCCUGCCUGAUAAUAGAACAAAACAAUCUAUUAACCUGCUUAACGUUUGUAUCCAACAAUAAAAAUAGUAAUAAUAAUGUUCUAUUACAAAAAACAUGCAAUUUCAUAUACUGUUCUUAUAUGAUGUUAUUUUGUAAAGAUUUUUUUUUUCAGGACUUGGUACUACAAAAUUAGUGUUUGUGUGUGUGUGUGUGUGUGUGUAUUUUAGGUUCCUUUAUGGAAAUGGUACAUGGAAAAUAUGUGUGUGUCUGUGUGUGAGUGAGUGAGGGUCAAGGGCGCGUCCGUCCCCAAUCAUGGAUGUAAACAAAAUGAAGGUUUGCUAUUUCAGUCCUCAGGGGUCACGCGUGUUGCACACCAGCCCGCCUGCUUUGGAUUUUUAUUGUUGGAUUGUUUUUGUGAUGAUGUUUGAACAUGUACAUUAUGUAGCUUACGUUACGUUCUCACGUGGGGAGGGGGUCCUCGAUUUACGACAAGUUCCAUUAUUAUGGCGGCCGAGCAACUGAAGCUUUUUUCUCGCAGUAUUACGACUUCAGCCAUGUAACAUUACCUUUUUGAAUGUAAAGUCUCAUGCAAUUAUAAAGGUUAUACUUGCAAAAUUCCCCAAUUCAUUCAAGUAAUCCGCAAAAGUCAACAAUGAGCAAAAGUAAACAAGUGACUCUGCAAUAUUACGAUUAAGAGCAUAUAAAAUGAUGCCUUGUAAAAUUGACUCAAUUCUGCAAAUCUGACUUUUUCAUUCAUAAGGAAAUGUAAUUUCUUCUCAAAAGAUGACUAUAAAAAUGUGGAUUUUCCACUUCAAAUUGCAUUUUUAUCAAAUGGAGAGAAAAUAAUGUAUUAACAAGAUUAGGGCUUUUCUAAUGAAAUGACAAUUAUUUUUUUGUCAUUUGUAAUUUAUUCACAAAUUUUGUACAUAAAAUAUUUCAAUAAAUUAAAUGGCGUAUCAAUCUUAUGACGACGACCUGUGAGAGCACAACUUUCAUAAAAGUAAAAAAAUAUUUUCUGAAAUUCCCACCAUGCUGUUUCUAAUCGGAAUCUAUCACUUGCCUAUGCUAGCGCACUUGUAAAGCCGCAGCACAAAUUUGUAACGUCGUCAUAUAUCGGGACCAUCGUAAACCAAGGACCCUCUAUCUAGUUCAGGUUCUCAUCCCAUUUGUUUUUAAUUAGGUCAACUUAAGUGUUUAACAUUUGGGCUAUAAUCAGUAGUCAGUGUGCUACAGGUUACCUCCUCAGUAGUGUUACUGAUACAUUUUUACUGUGCAAUCAUUUCACAGGAACACCCCCCCCCCCCCCCUUUCCUCCAUCCAUCCCGCCUGCUUUAUUUUUUUUCUUGCAUUUAUCAUUCUUGUCUCGGUUAUUUAUCAGCAGAAUAUUUUUCUACUUCUCAACUGUUUACAUUCAAAGUCAUGACAUAACCAGGUUGGGAAAAGAUGAGCCUUGCUGCCUUAGUUUAAAAAAAAAAAAAAAAGGACUAAAAUGAAGGAAAAAGAAGCCUUAGAAUAAUAUUUUUCUAUCGGUGAAUGAAAUCCCGCCUAGUGCCUGCUCAUGCUUUUUUUCUACUCAACAUGUUUGACUCUUCGGCUGGAUUUGCACCACAGGUCCAAGUGCGCAAUUCCAAGGAUGCAAGUAAGCAAUCAUAAUACAAAUUAAAAAGAUUCAACAUUGCACUCUGGUGAUUUAUGAGGGUCACAAUUUUUGCUUUCAUAAUGGACACACCUCUAAUGUAGCCUUCUAUAUGUUGAACGUACUUUCAAUAUCCAUGGGGCAUUGUUUUUAAUGUUUCUGUUUUAAUGUGUUGUUGUGCCAGCAUAUUGCAAUUCAGCAAAACAAGUCCAAAUUGUGCAACUUGAAGUAUUGGUGUAAAUCCAGCCUCUGUCUUAAAAAGGUACGUCAAAAAAAAAAAUUAAAUAGGAAAUCAUUUUAAAAAAGUCUCUGCUUAAGGUCAUAUUGGUCGUAGAAGUCCAAAUUUGGAGUUAUUCACAUUUUUUUCAAAUAAAUACAACUUAAAUGCUUGUUGUUGAUUAUGAAGUCUUUAUAUUUCCAUGCAAUUUGAACAAUUUAGGUCUUUGAAAUCAUUUAUGAAUAAUGCCCCUGCAUCUCCACUGAAGUCCUCUAGUAUCCCCCGCAAGACACAGAGGAGACACCCAAAAAAUAAAAAAAUCUAGAAAAGGGAUAAAACUCACCCCUAAGAAAAUUGUGCAAUUGACGCUAGUAGUGGGACAAAAAAACUUUAGCCAUUUUCUUUCGAUUAGCACACUGAAUUGUUUGACUAGUGAGGAAAAAAGUGCAUUCUAGUACACGGACAUCAAGGAGAAUGAAUUCAUGCGGAUACGGUAGUUUUAGUUUUCUCACAAAAUCCUACUAAAUUGUAAAUGAAGCAGUUAGGAACAAGUCAAGGUUGCACUGUGCUUACUGCUCGGAAGUCACAUGGGCUAAAAAAAAAAAAAAAAUAGCUUAAUUCCAAAGU